CUUUUGUUCUUUUGUUUAUCAAUCCUUCUUACCUCUCUGUAAAACCUGGAAAAAAAUCGCUCCUCCUCCGACGUCGUCCCUAUCUACCGUCGACCUAUCUGCGGCCUCCCUUCACCUUUCCUUUCUCUUUGAACCAAGGUCUAAAGAAGGUCUAAAAGAUAGCAAAACCCGAAGCCAACAACUCCUGAAGAAAAGCUGAAGCCCCGCCUCCUCGACUGUGAACCCUCCAAUCUCUCAGCAGGGACGUUUUCCUUUUGUUUUUGGGUUCUCGUUUUGCUUCAAUUUUUUGUUUUUUUGUUUGGCUGAUUGUGGCUAGAAUUUCAUAGUUUUCUUGGGUUUGUGAUCUGUGUUUUGCUUCCUCUUUUCACAGGGAUUUCUCUCCCUUCGAUUUGGGCAUUGUCUAGUGUGACUUUGAUUUUGGGACAGAAGUGUGAUAGACCUGAUGAUUGCUGUUGUUGAAGGUAGCAUUGUUUGAAUACUCUUUCUGUUUUUGGUUUGUUGCUGCUCCUUGGGGUGUGUUCUGCUUCUCUUGUUUUCUUUAUCAGUAGAUGAAAAACUGAUGUGUUCUUCCUAGAUUCUCAAGCCAGCAGAGAAAAAAUCAAAGUUCAUGUCGACUAAAAUGUGAUGGUUGUAGCUAUCAAUGUAUAAUGGGUUACAAUUCUUUACCAAGCUUACGUAAUGGCUACCUCCCUGGAUAUGACCCUGGAUGAUAUGGUGAAGAGAAAUAAGAGUGAGAGAGGCAGAGGCCGGGGUAGGCCGCGCCGCGGCAGAGGCUUUUUUGGUGGUGGAAGGAUGACAGCAACCACCCUUGCUACUCGUCGAGGUCCCCUUGCUGUCAAUGCCCGCCCAUCGCAACACUCUAUUGCCAAGUCUUCCCACAGGACCAGGAGCACACCAUGGCAGCAUGAUUUGUUUGAAGACAGCCUUAGAGCUGCAGGGAUAUCAGGAGUAGAAGUUGGCACCAAGUUAUAUGUAUCCAACUUGGACCUUGGAGUCACAAAUGAAGAUAUCAGGGAACUUUUCUCUGAGAUAGGGGAGCUGAAAAGAUAUGCAGUUCAUUACGAUAAAAAUGGUCGGCCAAGUGGUUCAGCUGAAGUUGUUUAUCUCAGAAGGAGUGAUGCAUUUGCUGCUCUUAAGCGGUAUAACAAUGUCCUGUUGGAUGGAAAGCCCAUGAAAAUUGAAAUUGUUGGUGCCAAUGCGGAAGUGCCAAUUUCUGCUCGUGUUAAUGUAACCGGAAUGAAUGGAAGGAGGAAGAGGGCUGUUGUUUUGACGCCUGGACCAGGUCAGUCAAGAAGCUCUGCUGGAACUAAUCGCGGUCUUAACCGUCGUGGGGGUAUGAGGAGUGGCCGUAGUGGUUCUCGUGGUAGAGGCCGUGGCCGUGGAAAAAAGAAGCCGAUUGAGAAGUCGGCAGAUGAUCUUGACAAGGAGCUGGAAAACUAUCAUGCUGAAGCCAUGAAUGUUUCAUGAAGUCUAAAACCAUUAUGAAUUUAACAUAAUAUUUUUGCUUCUUGUUAGCUGUACAAAAAUGGCAUUGCAGCAUUUUAGUUUCGCAUUGUAUUUUAUUUGUUAGAUGGGUUUUUGGUUUAGUUAUUAGAUUUUUAAGUUGAGUAGGAUGGGUUUGUUUUGUCAUCUAGGUAGAUUUGAAGCCUUAGUUGAAAGUGGGAGUGUGAUGAGUUUAGAACUUGGUAUGUGAUUGCAAACUCAGUUAUACUGUCUGUCAAGUCUGCUUGAUUGACAAUGAUAUUACCCUCGGCUCAGGAGCACAAGCCUGAUGUAAUUUCA